ACUUGCUGCGUCGUGUUCUUAUUGAAGAUAGUCCGACCAGAUUUGACACUGUCUCAUCGAGAAAUAUGAAACGCCAAAGGGAAAGGUACUAUGAGUUGAUCCGUGCUAGAAACGAGGUAUUCGAUGAAAAAAAGACCGACAUUAUUGGAAAAAGAAGUGCUCAAGAGUUGCAAAGAACUAGAAUGAUAAAUAUUCUAGACACGAUUUCGUUUCAGAGCGAUUACCAAAACCUUGUUGCCACAUACUUUUAUACAAGCAACAAAUCUCAAAUGUUGGAGACCGAAUUGUCGAUACAUAUUUAUACAUUGUGUUAUUGGGCGGUAACUAAUCAUCGGGCAGGAGAUUACCGUGUCUAUUCAGUAUGCACUAUACUCGACAUAUGGAAAAAAGAAUUAGCGGAAGCUGAGGAAAGGUUUCGGCGGCAAAACUUAAUUCAAAAUUCCUUGAUGGAAUUUUUGGACAACUAUCCAUUUGGAAAUAAUGGAAUUUGUGAAAAAGAGGAGAGUGAAGUCAUCUCUCGACUGUUUGGCGAACUUAUUUGCAAUGGACACUUUUCUCAUCAACGUUACUUACAGAGACUAAUAGCAAGAGGUGAUAUGAUUAAAGAAAAAAGGGAAAGUGAG